AUCCCGAACAGCUGCCUGCCUCGACCAUUGACGACGUUCUUCCUACCUUUGAUCUGUACAUUUCCUAGCAUCUCGAGUAGAGUCGGCCCUCCUGCCCUCCCCCACACCUUCCCUGACCCAAGAUGUACGGCCGCCCACCGCCGUCAUCAUGGCAGACGAAUCCCAACAAUCCCAAUAUGGCUCCCAUCCCUUCAGGGCCUCGCGGGGCCGGCGUGGGUCCACCUCCAGGUCCUCCACCGCCCAUGGGCCCCGGAGGACCGUACGGUGGGGGCUCUCCUCACGAUCCCAAUGGUAGUCUACCUCAUCGGUCGGGUCCUCCACCAGGGUACGGCAGUGCUCCUCUACCUGGUCCGGGGGGGCCUUCUGGUACAGGAAGCAACUCCAUCCCCAGUGCCCAAGUCGACCCCUCGACUACGAUCUUUGUUGGGUCAAUCACCCCUGGAGUGUCGGAUAUGAUGCUCAAGCAACUCCUCGGCUUCUGUGGUACUCUCGUCAAUCUCAAGAGGAUUUCUCCGGCCUUUGGCUUCGCCUCUUUCGAUCAUCCUGAAGCUGUCAUUCGUGCUAUUGACCUACUCAAUGGUCUCGCCCUUCCCCCACCAGGCGUGACAGACAACUUCGACAAGCAGGAGAAGACAAAGAAGCUCAAUGUCAAGGCAGACGAGAAGACGCGGGCAUUUGUAGAAGAGUACAAGGCGAAUAGAAGCUCGAGAGCUACAGCCGAGGAUGAACUGGAUAAUGCGGGCAAGGCGCAGAUUGACAACUUUGUCAAGCAGCUCGCCGCUCCGGAUGCCCUCUCCCACUUUGCAGACGCUGCUUCGGCGAAUGCUACAUUGGUACCUGCACAUCUGAAGGACUUGCCGCCGGAGGAUGUACCAGAGGAGCAUAGGACCUCGGUCCUUGGGGAGAUUGACAAAUUCAGGCAGGCAAGUGCAGCAAGAGAGGAGGAGAAGAGGAUGCGGGAGAGGGUCCUGGAGAGGGAAAGGAUGCAACAAGCUCAUAUGGCAGGUGGUUCGGGGCCUGGAAGACCUACUGGACCGAGACUGGGUGGACCACCUACCGGACCGAAUGGCGCGGCUGGAGUGAACCCGCAGAGCUUCAAUCACGGAGCUCCUAAUUUUGUCCAGUCGAGAGCUGAUGCAGGAGCCAAGUCGCUAGAGGAUAUGGACCCAGAGGAGGCGGAUGAGGUGGAGCAUCAGAGACGAAAGGAGCUUGCCGCAAAGGACGACGAGCGGCGGACUGCAGAGGCCCUGUCAGCAUACACAAAUCGCGAGCGGCAACGUCUAGCCCAUUGGACACGCAUCCUGGAAGACAGCAAGCUCGAAGACUCCCGUCGCGAAAAGCUGCGAUCCCAACUGCUGCACCGUAGCGAAGAAUGGGAUGAAGACUUAGAGCGUUCCCGCGAGCUGUUCUGGCUCGAUCGUCCACGCUGGCGUCAUUACCGCAAUCCCAUGCUGCGUCGGGAACAAGAUGAGGAUGCUGCUGAUGCUCGUGCCGAGGAGGAAGAAGCGCGCAAGGCUCAACUCGAGGCGGAGAAGUUCCUUGCUAGACAGGAAGAGGAGAUGAGGAAACAUCUGGAGGAGCAGAGGAAAGCUGGAGUCCUCGUAGACGGGUCGAAUAUGCAACCUUUGAAGCUCAAGAUUGGUGCUGGAGCCGGAGCGAACAAGGAUGGAACUGCUCCUGCGCUUACGGCCCCUGCUGGUGGAGCUGUACUUGGUGGUGACGAUGAGGACGAAGAGAGCAAGGCGAGGAGAGGCGCAGCGAUCAAGGUGGAUCUUGGAGACGGGAUGACCCCCGAGGAGCGCACUGCCGCCGUGCAGGCUAAACGACGCGAGGUGCUAGCAGCCCUCUCGGACCUCUCGAGGGAGGAUCUCUUCGGUGUACCCGUCAAGUGGGACUGGGUGGAUGAGGCGAGCAUCGCAGAGGUGUACCAGAGGAGGGUGGAGGAAGCCGUCACUGAGGCUAUUGGUGAGCCGGUGCCAGAGCUGGUAGACGUGGUUGUGGGAAUGAUCAGGAGUCACAAGGGCGCCGAGGCGAUUCAGCAGGCCGUUGAGCCGGUAAUGGCGGAAGAUGCACCCGAGUUCACAGAAUCCAUCUGGCGCCUACUCGUCGAAGAGUCUACCGUCGCCUCGAGUGGUCUGCUAGCCUAGCAAGCCCUACAAACAGGUCGGGGAGAAGGAGAAGAAGAAGAAGGAGAAGGAGAGGUACGACGUGAGGGUGAGCGGGAGCUGUCUCCCCCUUGUCUUUCUUUCCGUGCGUGAAUUUCAAUACCAUGCACAUGUAUCACAAC